CAACACUAGUGCCUACUCGGACGAGGACGUGCGAGGCGAUCGAGUAGGUUGAGUAGGUUGGCAAUAUUUCGGGCGGAGCUUGGGUUAUCAGUUUGUUUUGUUCUGCUUUCAUUAGCAAAAUGAUAGUUAUUAUAGAUUUUUGUAAAUAUAAGAAUUCUCUGCUUGUGCACUUGAAUUAACAACAAUUUACGAGAGUGUCAAUAUUGACAAGCAGGUCAAAAUGUCUAAACGAACAGCAGAUGAUGCUGGUAAUGGCAGUAGCCAGCCUCCAAUCAAGAAGGUUCACUUUGAACCCCAUCUUAUUGGCCCUGUGUCCACCCUAGAGGAAAUGGACAUAAAGGUUCUCCAGUUUCAGAACAAGAAAUUAGCUCAGAGGAUCGAGCAACGUCAUCGAUGUGAGGCAGAACUCCGUGCAAGAAUUGAACAACUAGAGAAACGUCAAACACAGGAUGAUGCGGUGCUCUGUGUUGUCAAUCGGUACUGGAAUCUCCUCAAUGAAGAUAUUAGAGUAUUAUUACAACGGUUUGAUGCAGAAACUGCUGAUGAAUCAGAAAAUAAAAAUGAGAAUGAAGCGACGACUUCGUUCCUCAUGCAGUUGUCUACAUGGGACAAGGAGGAGUUGGAUGCUCAGCUGGCAAAUCGGGUACAAGUGAGCAAGCGAGCGGUAGCGAAGGUGUUGCAAGCCUUCGACCGACUGCAGCAGAGAAAUGAUAAGAUCUGGCGAGCUAUCAAGGGCGAGAGUGAGGAAAACGCUCCGGCCCCAUCAUUAGAUGAUGUAAUCCGCGCCACCAAUGAAGAAGUGACAGUUGAGAAUCGACGCCUACAAGCGCUAUGCACGACGUUGCAUGAGAGUCACCAUGCCAUGACUCUGAGGGUGGCGCAGCUACAGGAUGCUGUCAACAGCAGAGACACCGAGAAUGCUGAGUUGAAGAACCAGAUUGAUGAUCUACAGUAUGAGCUGAUGAAGGUCCGUUCUCGCAACGAUAAGUUGGAGAAUCACCUGGCGGAGGCUAUCGAGAAGUUGAAGAGCUACCACCAGUCGGGCGCGAGCGCGGUGCCGGCGGCGGCCAGCUCGGGCGGGGGCGCGGCGGCCGGCGCCGUGGCGGCCGCCAAGCUGGAGGACGUGGCCGCCGAGCUGGAGGAGCAGCGCGAGCUCGCCAACAACCGCCUCGCAGAGCUCGACCGCCUGCAUCGCCAGCACCGCGACACGCUCAAGGAGGUCGAGAAACUCAAGAUGGAUAUCCGCCAGCUACCGGAGUCAGUGAUUGUGGAGACGACGGAGUACAAGUGUCUGCAGAGCCAGUUCUCCGUGCUGUACAACGAGUCCAUGCAGAUGAAGACUGCGCUCGACGAGACACGCAUGCAACUACAGAACGCUAAGAACUUACACAUGAGGCAGAUUGAGAUGAUGGAGAGUGAAGAACUCUCACGGCAGAAGACAUUAAGAGCAGAAAUGAUACAGCUAGAAGAUGUACUAGGCCAGUUAAGGAAAGAAUAUGAAAUGUUACGUAUCGAGUUCGAGCAGAAUCUCGCGGCGAACGAGCAGACUGGACCCAUCAACCGGGAGAUGAGGCAUCUCAUCACAUCGCUACAGAAUCACAACCAGCAACUCAAGGGAGAGGUGCAUCGGUACAAGAGGAAAUACAAGGAUACUAGUCAGGAGUUAAAUAAGGUGCGGAAGGAGUUAGAAGAGGCGGGUGCCCGGGUGUCUAUUGGAGGUGACGCCGCUGACGAGAAGCCACAUGCGCUCAAGAAAGAGGAGCCUGAUCCAGAGGGCGAGGAGGGCGGCAGUGGCGGCGGGGAGACCAAGCCGGCCGCCAACAAGGAACACAGCCGCGCCAAGCUGCAGGAACAGGACCUGCUCAUCAAGGAUCUCAAACUACAACUCAAGAAGGCAGUAAACGAGCAGAAGGAGCUGAAGUUGCUGCUGGACAUGUACAAGGGGGUCAGCAAGGAGCAGCGGGACAAGGUGCAGCUCAUGGCCGCCGAGAGGAAGGCCAGGCAGGAACUGGAGGACCAUCGACAGAAGGCCAAGAUGGCACAGGAGAGUAAGCGGGAACGUCGACUGGCAGACGAGGACGCGCUGCGCAAGAUCAAACAACUAGAGGAACAGAAAUACGAGCUGCAGAAACAACUGUCGUGUGCCAGACCCAACGCGGACCCGCUGCACGCCUUCACGAGGCCCUUCGCUGGAUCACCGUACUUUUCCAAUGCACAGGAGGAGGAAGCUCUCCUCAACGAGAUGGAGGUGACGGGGCAGGCGUUCGAGGACAUGCAGGAACAGAACUCUCGCCUCAUACAGCAGCUUAGAGAGAAGGACGACGCCAACUUCAAGCUGAUGUCGGAGCGCAUCAAGGCCAACUCUCUGCACAAACUGCUCCGGGAAGAGAAGCAGUUGUUGCAGGAACAGGUGCUAACCCGCGACCAACAGAUUGAGUCAAUGGGCGCGGUGGCUCGUCGACUGGAGGAGAAGGAACGCUUGCUGCAGGCGACGCUGUCGGCCGUCGAGAAGGAACUACUGCUGCGACAACAGGCCAUGGAAAUGCACAAGAGGAAGGCUAUAGAAUCUGCCCAGUCCGCUGCCGAUCUCAAACUGCAUUUAGAAAAGUACCAUGCGCAGAUGAAAGAGGCGCAGCAAGUAGUGGCAGAGAAGACGAGUGCUUUGGAAGCUGAAGCAUAUAAAACGAAAAGACUACAUGAAGAGCUGGCCAUCCUACGCCGCAAAGCGGAGCGAAUGAAGAAAAUGGAGCAAGCGGGCAGCAGUAUGGACGAGGUUCUACUGGAAGAAAUCAGGGAAUACAAGGAGACGCUCACCUGCCCCUCUUGCAAGGUGAAACGCAAGGACGCGGUACUGACGAAGUGUUUCCACGUAUUCUGCUGGGAUUGCCUGCGCACGCGCUACGAGACGCGGCAGCGCAAGUGUCCCAAGUGUAACGCGGCGUUCGGCGCCAACGACUACCACCGCCUCUACCUGUCCACGUAGACAGUCUCGGUCAGUCUGCCAGGCUCGGCCUCCUCGGUACACGUGCAAUUGUAACUAGCCAAAGGAGAUGCUCGGUCCAGGACCGAGUACUAUCGAACGCUCACCUCUGUGAGUUCAGUAGUUUGAGAUGAACCUCGCGUGGCCAGCAUUUGGUUGCCCAGCAGCGGAUCAGUCACCUAACAAUUAGAUAAAUGUUUUAUUAAUUCGAGAUCUCUGUAAACUAGUAACGAAUGGAUUUGGAUCUAACACUUGCUACACUUUGCGUUUGUUUACAACGUUACGGAUACAGAUUUUAUGUUAGUAAAAUUCGUUGAAUAUAUUUAUUAGGUGUAUGUUAGAAGAUCAGCUAAAUGUUAUAGCAUCAUGUUAUAUCGGCUAAAUAAAUGAAUAUAUCGCGAAUACAGUGAAUGUAUAUCAUUACUGCUAGUGUACAGUAUAUUUACAUGUGUGAUGUUAAUUCGAUAAAUAGUUAUAUAUGUAUUUACAUUUUAAAUUGCAUUAUGUUAGCGUAGAUUACGAAAUCUACUAAAUCACAAUAUAUAGAGGCAUCUUUGUCUUGUCCCAAGAAGAUAUAAGUAUUGAUAGAUGAUCUCAGGACCACCGAGUGUUUAGUGCAGCAAAGUAUGGCAAGUAUUAGACGGGAGCAGUAUUGAACAAAAUGAAUGUUUACAUUGAACAUGGGUUGUGAUGUACUGUAAGUGCGAGAGUGAGUUGCUUGUACAUGCAACGGUCGCCAACGUACGGGUCAGAGUAUGUAUUCAAGUCAUUUAGUAUGUCACAAUUAUUAGCCGGAUCUAUAAUUUCAGUGACAUACUAUGUGCAAUGUGCAUACGACAUAUUAUGAGAAAGAUAUAUUUAGGAAUUAUUACUCUUUAUGUAAAUGUGUCCGGCGAUCGUUGCGUUUAUGACUUCCUAAGUGACGGCCUGUUAUUUGGAUUUAUGUAUUCUCUCGGCAGAACGAGGCGGUUGAUGUGUAAAAGAAAUGUAAUGUCAAGGCAAUUUGGCGUAUUUUAGAUAAUUUGAGCGCAGUGAUUGAAUAAAAAAUGUGUCUACAUGAAUUUUAAACUACUACCAAGCUAUUACUAAAGUUUGUUCUUUUCUGUGUCUCCUUGUUUCUCCUGUUAAAUGUGCUAGUACUUAGAUUUAGUAAAAUUUCUGAUUUCCCAAUCUAACUGCGUGACAGUGAGCUUAAAUAUGCCUAAAGACCAAGACAAAUAACUUGCAUGCGCAAAAGUAUACGCAAAAAAAAAAAAAUAUUGCGCACUUUUGCGCAUGUGAUUUUGUAUAUUUAUUAGAGCCUACUAUCUGUGACGACCGUCUGCCGUUCUAGCUUCCAAUGUCUAGUUUGUGAAAAUUUAGAAUUUAUUGAGAUUGAAGGAUUGAGGUGCCCAAUGAUGGUAUCCACGCAUCAUUGGGCGACACAAGACGUGAGAGGCGAGGACAAUUUGUACUGAGAUUUAUGUAUUGGUUCCUGUCAGUGGUCGAGCUAACUGAACGUUGAUGUAGAUAAAUAAUAACAAACAAUAUACUCACCAUCUGCGGAAACCAAAACUCUAUAGUCAAUACCUACCUAGAGAAGACGAAAGUAUCGUCUCCGACAUGUAAUUUAUAACAAACACAUAAAUAUAAAACUUGAUAGCAAUAUAACGUUAAAUAUAAAUGACGAAGCUUUUGAAAUAUUUAUAAUAUUACAACUUCAAAUGCACGUCAAUUAAAUGUUAAAUGUUCAUUCCUUGUCUAUAAUGUUAUUUUUGUAUUAAAAAAAUAGCUUUCCAUGUUGAAUAUGAAUUGCGUAAAUGUAACGUAAGAAUAAAAAUUGCAUUUCGCGCUCUUAUGUAUAUCGAAAUACAUAAUUAUAUUGAUGUUGUAUAUUAAGGAUAAUAUCAUGAAUUCGAACAAGUGGAUAUAGUUUAUAUAUCUAUAUUUAGUAAUUAAUGAAUAUACUUAUUGUUAAACAAAUUCUUGAGGAUGGUGUGAAUGUGAUUGGUGAUAGCGCGCGAUGACUUAUUUGUACUGUAGUUAGGGAAAUAGAAUGUAGCGUACAGCCCACUGACUGAUAUAUUUGUAUAUUUUAAGUUUAACAUUUUGAUCGGGCUUGCUCUCCUGCUUCACAAAGCCGUCAAUAGCCAAACAAAGUCAGCUUCAAUCUGGUUUUUUAAUGAAAUAAGCAUACAAAAGUUUUAUUAGGGUACUACUAGGUUUUUGUUUAGAAAAAAAAGUAACAUUUUCAUUAAGUUAACUAGAAAAUAUAUAAUCUAAUUAAAAUAAUCUUUUACAUAUUGAGAGUGGAGUUAGAUGGAUAAUGUAAUGGGUUGAUUGUAAUAAAAAUAUUAAUUAACUGUUGUAAACUUUAAUCGCAGGGGAACAAUUUAUUUGACAGUAUUUAAUGAAUUAAUCAAUAGAGAAUCGCUUUUUCUAUCUGUUAGUGUUUAUGUUAAGUUUCCACAACUAAGCAAUAUGUUUGACAGGCACAGAUUGCACGCGGUCUUUUCUAGUUCUGUUCCUACUUGUAGUUAGCGUCUCUGUUAUAACAUAAUAUUAGUAUUGGUUGUCUUUCAUUAGCUCUUUCUAGACAAUUACCGUUGAUAUGUGGGCAUUGUAGCAAUGAAAAUAUUGUUAAAUGUGUAAUAUGUGUAUAUCUGACUGACCUACAACAGUUCGCGUAUUAGUUGAAUUAUUCCUUCGAAUGUUACAUUAUUUUGUUACUUAUAACGUCACAGCCGAGGUCAAGGUGUGUAUAUUUGGAAAUCACGUGUUACUAUCAUUUUUAUAUUAUACAUAAACUACAUUAAUGUACAGUCUUACUGUAAUCUUCGAAAAUCAGAUACAAAAUUAUAUUGUCAUAAUUCAAUGUAAAGUUGGCUGUAAAAUAUUUAAUUAUUUAAUUUCGGUGGAAACUAUUUAAAUUGUAACAUUAAUGGACUACGAAUAAAUGUCUCAACAAAUAA